UUAUGGUUCCUGAAGAUAACUAAGACAGUACGAAAGAGCCCAAUUAUACCUACUGAUGCCUCUCCACGCCUAUUGAUUGCAGCGAUUUCGGCAAUCCCGAAAAUAGUCUGCGAAACAAUCCACGCGUUGGAGCUACACGAUGAGACACCGUCGUGGAAGAUCAUGGACAAUAAGGGACGUGUCACGGUGGUGCUGCACUGGGACCAGCGUUCAUCGACGUCGUCGCAGGCGCAGCAACAGCAGAAAGGCCAAGACGUGCAAACCUCGAAAUAUUCGCCGACUAAGAAGACCGAUUUAAGUCAACGGCCACCGCUGGUCAUCCAGACCAGUCUGGACAAGCUCAACUAUGGCGGGAAGCUAGGUCACCUGGCGGCCGAGGUCGGUCCCAGCCGCUACAGCAGCCCCCAUAUCACUGUGAUAAAUCAUGACGACAUGCAGCAGCAGCAACAGCAGCCGCAGCUACAGCCGCAGCCGCAGCCGCACGGGAUCCCCGGCCGUCUGGUGAAGCAGGGUACCAACUCGUUCGACAGCACCACCAUCCAUAUCCACACGCCGGAAUGCUCGAAUCACAUUCACCAGCCGGUGGUAAGGAACGGAAGUCCUGUUAACGGGGCGGACGGCGGCGCCAGUGGCGAAUGUGAUUUUCAUUGCUGUGCGCUGCACGAAGAGGGUCGUAGGAUCGCGGUGCACAAAUCGGUGGCCACCUCGCCAAUCCAGGAUGCACAGCAUCAACAGUACCAGCAACAGCAUCAUCAUCCGCACGCGCAGCAGCAACAGCAGCAACAACCGCCGCCUCAGCAGCAGCAACAGACUCAAACGUCGUCGCCUCAACCGCCUUCCUCACUGUCCGACGGGACGAGACGAACCGGCCUGAGCAAAGGUCACGUGAGAUUCUGCGACACGGCGGACGAGGAGUCAAGCUCUCGGCUGGCCGGCAACUCCGCCGCCAGCUUUCACCUGCAUCAUCAUCACAAUCAUCAUCAGGAGCACGACAGCUCCGAGUCGGAGACCGAGAACACGAUCAUGGAGGACGAGAUCGUCACCUCGGAGAAGUUUUUACUGCUCAUCGAUCAGCUAACGGUAGAUCAGAAGCAUCUAAGUAUCAAGGACAUCGGUAUAAUCCUCGAACGGCUUAGCUCGAAGAUAUUGGACGUGGAGCGGCUGGAUCGCGAGAGCGAGAGCGAGGAGUGUUACAACUGGACGAUCAAGGCGAUUAUCAGGGGUGACGUGUUGCGGGAACUCGGCGUGAUUUACAACGGCAACUACUACGCCAUCUCGGAGCAUCCUGGUUAUAAGGAAGAGUCCGAGGAGAAUAACGAGGAUAACGAGGAGGAGGAAGAGGAUAGACUUUAA